UCCAGGGCGCACAGCGCGCACUAAGCACGGACACUUCCCAACAUGAGGAGCGUUUCAGGAGCCAGUAAGGACCCGCAUUUCUGCUCUUCACUCGCGUUUCUCGUCUGUGUGUACUGAAUAAAGAGCCAGUUUUCUCUCCAGCUCAGAGAGGCAGUGAGAUGCCCUCUGAUUUAAUUUCGCUUUUCAGCACGGAUAUCGACAUCAGUUCCCCCAAGUCUGUUUACUCCAAAGAAUCAGUGUAUGACCUUCUCCCUAGAGAGUUGCGGUUGCCGCCCUGUGCUGAACAGGCCAGUGCAGCAAUGAGUCAGAAAAGUGAUGGAGAGACCGGGUCUUCCAGCUCUACGGUCCCAACUUCAGAUGCCUCCUCCGUCACCGCUGCUAUGACCAUGGGAAGUCCCAGCAGUGCUUUUCCCAACUCUUCCAGCUUCACCAUGCACCCCUCAACCUCACCCACGGAGAGGUCCCCAACGCACGAGGGCAGCACUCCAGGCGAAGCAAGUGGCCGGUGGAAAUCAGAAAUGCUGGCCGUGGAAGGCAAGCUGCCGACCGGCGGUAGUGGGAGUAGCAGAGCAUGCAGUGACAUGGGCGGUGGGGGCCUCCAGCAACACCACCACCAGGUGGCGCACUCCAAACGGGCAGUCCUCAACAUCUCACCGCCACCGGAAGACCUAUUUGAUGACAGCCAGAUGUCAGGAUGCCAGGAGGAUCUGAGUCUGGACCCAGAGCAGAGCGCUAGCAUCUGGACGGAGAGUUCGGCCUCCAACUUCAGCCUCCUGAGUUCCAGCUCAUACAAUGACAACACAGAGGUUCCCCGUAAGGCACGCAAACGCACGCCGCGCCAGCGGCCCGGCUCGAAGCCUGCGGCCGCCGAGGGGGCCAGCAUGGACGUCUUCGAUGCCGACAGCGCCAAAGGCCCACACUUUGUGCUUUCUCAGCUGGGUCUGGACAGCAAGACCAGUUCCAAGGCCAGCGCCGAGGGCAACCGAGCAUCUGGUACAAAAGGUGGGAUCUUGUUCGGCCAGUACCCGCAGAAGAGCGAGGGCAAGGAGCUGAAGAUCCUAGUCCAGCCUGAGAGCCAGCACCGAGCUCGGUACCUGACCGAGGGCAGUCGGGGCUCUGUGAAAGACCGCACCCAGCAAGGCUUUCCUACCAUCAAGCUCGAAGGUGUGAAUGAGCCCGUGGUCCUGCAGGUGUUUGUGGGUAAUGAUGCAGGCCGUGUGAAGCCUCAUGGGUUCUACCAGGCUUGUAGGGUGACCGGCCGAAACACCACUGCUUGCAGGGAAGUGGACAUCGAGGGCACCACUGUCAUCGAAGUGUCUCUGGACCCCAGCAGUAAUAUGACUCUCGCAGUGGACUGUGUGGGGAUCCUCAAGCUCCGGAAUGCUGACGUGGAAGCUCGCAUCGGGCUAGCCGGAUCCAAGAAGAAAAGCACUCGUGCUAGGCUGGUGUUCCGGGCCAACAUCCCUCGGCCUGAUGGCUCCAUACUCACACUGCAGAUGCCGUCCUCGCCUAUUCUGUGCACUCAGCCUGCUGGCGUUCCUGAGAUCCUGAAGAAGAGUCUUCACAGCAGCCCAGUGCGAGGCGGCGAUGAACUGUUCAUCAUCGGAAAGAACUUUCUCAAGGGAACCAAAGUCAUAUUUCAGGAGAAUGUCUCAGAUGAGAAGUGUUGGAAGGCGGAGGCUGAGAUCGACAUGGAGCUUUUCCACCAGAAUCAUCUCAUUGUGAAAGUUCCUCCGUAUCAAAACCUGGCCAUCACCUCUCCUGUGUCUGUUGGGAUCUACAUAGUGACUAAUGCUGGGCGUUCUCAUGAUGUGCAACCGUUUACAUACACUCCAGAGCCAGUCAUGGAUGUGUCUGUGAAAAAAGAGACGUCAUCUGCAGUCAAGCCCUGUUCCUUUGAACAGAUUAAAGUUAUGGAAAGUGCCUUGAUGGUCCCAGUUUUACCUCUUGUUAAAAGUGAAGAAGUCACUCCAAUGGAAGUCUCAAGUAACUCUGCAACCUUUAAGCAGACCUCUGAUCUCAUGAACUCAUCCGCACAGACCUUAGAAAUGAGCAACAACAUCUCUGCCAGCAGCCACACAUUCCCGAGCUCCCUGUCCCAUCAGCCAGGAGAGCAAGAGCAGCCUCAGACAUCUGUUUUCCCCAGCAAGGAAACCUUGAACCCCAUUCAGAAGUUGGAUAUAGCGCCCAGUCCCCCCUUCCACGUGCCUGGCAAACCUCUGCUCCAGCAAGCAGCUCAGCAGUUCCUCUCAGACAGUGACGGUCUGGCCCAGGAGAGGUCUGGCAGCAGUUCUGGUGCGUUGGCAGGGCUUUCCCAGAUAGAUGACAGCCCACAACACCAGCUCUCACUCCUGCCUCCCGACGAGGUGGCGCAGCUAGAGCAGGCGGUGCGGCAGCUGCAGGCGAAGGGAUUCUGCAAUAUUCAGCUUCAGGCCGAGGACUCGGUGGCAAAGAAGCAGCAGCAGCAGCAGCAGCAGCAGCAGCAGAUUCAACACCAGCAGCAGAUUCAACACCAGCAGCAGAUUCAGCAGCAGCAGCAGAUUCAGCAGCAGCAGCAGAUUCAACAACAGCAGCAGCUUCAACAACAGCAGCAGCAACAGCAGAUUCAACAACAGCAGCAGAUUCAGCAGCAGCAGAUUCAACAACAGCAGCAGCAGCAGCAGCAGCAACAGCAAGUUCUGGAGAACCUGCAACACCAACUGUUCCAUCCCCAGGUUCAAAUGCAGUGUGGCCCUGAGCAGCAGAGCUCCACCCAAAGCUUGGUGGAGAACAACAGUGCCCUGUUCCAGCAGUCAACAGCCCAGCAACAGCAACAGGCCGCUCUGUUUCAACAAGCCAAAGAGCUCAUCAUCCAAACUGGCUACCUUCAGCAGACACCCUCCCAUUCCUCUCCUCUGUUGUUCCACACGCCGGCUCCUCUGGCAGAGGGGCGAACCCAACAGGAGCCGCUCUACCACACGCAGAAGCCCUCGCCCACCCAGGAGCAGGUGCAAGCGUCCCUUUUCCAGAGCAACAUGAAUGUUCUCGACGGGUCUAGCUUGUCUACAGAGCCUCGGCCCUCAGCGACCAACAUGUUCCUCUCCCAGAAUGCCCUGCCGGGCCAACUUGCGGUCAAUAACAACCACCCACAGCAGCUGGCUUUCCUCAGCUCUAUGCAGACGUCUGCCCUUGAGCCACAGUCAGUGUUCCAAGCGUCCGCACAGCUGUCCCCCAUUCAGCACAGCACCCCCAUGGAGCAACAGUCCCCACCACAGGCCUCCCAGCCCCAGCCAAGCUCUCUGUUUCAGGGCAUCUCCCAGUCACCAAACAGCAAGCUCUCCCCUAACCAGCAGCAGACUGAGUUGCUCUUUACAUCCCUGGGAUCGGCAAUGGCCCCAGAACAGCCAUCAGGUCUCUUGUUCAGUGGGCAGACUCAGAUGCCAUCAAUAAACAGUAAUAACAUAUUGUCACCGGAGCAGCAGAGCUCGCCAUUGCCCUUCGCCCAGGGCAGCAUGGUCACGGUCAGGCAGGAGGAAACCUCUGAGCCCAUGUCCUUCCAGGACCAGAGUGCUGUCGGGACCAAUCAGACCGCAAGCAAGCAAACCCUGUUCCACGAAGAGCAGCCUAUGCAGCUUGCACCGAGUUCAAGCUCUAGCUCUCAGCCUUCUGUGGACCUCUUCAUGGACCCGGGCGGCAUGCCGGGGAGACUGGCCUCUCAGGAGGCGAUCUUCGCCACGCAGAACGGUGUGGCAGGGCUCCAGACCACCACCUCCUCACCUGUACAACAACCCGCAUCCCUGUUUCAGACAACAGUGAGUGGAAACCUCAGCCAACCCAGCCAGAACCACCAGCCUAGCAUCUUCGUUUAUGAAAUCCAGAAUGAGUGCAGCCAGCUGAUGAACUCCCAAGGCACCACUCUCUCUGAUCAAAUCAUUGCUAUCAGCCAGUCCGGUCAGACCCAGAGGGAGAAUGACGGGCAAAUCCAUUCCUUGAUGACCCAGUCCAUGUCUGAAACUGGUAAUGCCCUCACUGCAUCCCAGAACAUGGAAAAGAUUGAUGACCUCCUUGUGAGUCUCCAGGAACAGGGCAACAGCCUUUCUCAUUCUUACUAGAAGCUUACAGAGUAAGACAGGCUUGGAGAAAAUUGGCAAAGUUAAUUAAAGUCAGGGGAGAAGUCCAAAUAACUGUGACAUGAGAUGCGUGAAUGUACAGUUUUGAGAUCACCUGGGGAAAACACAGAGAUGUGGAGGUCAAGGAGUUAAACUCAUGCUUUAGUUGGACAGCAUCACUACAAACAGAAGAUUUCUAUGAAUCUAUGUCUGUCAAAAGAAGCAGUCUACAUCUGCAGUGUUUGUCUUCAGCUGUGAAUGAAACAUAUCAUUAAAGAUGGAAUGUUUGGUAUUUUGGUCAGUACUCCAUGCAAGCACUUUGCUGUGUGAUUUUUUUUUUAUAAAUUUGUAUAAGCAAGUAAGCACACAGACUAAAGCAUUGUUUGUUUGUUUGUUUGUUUGUUUGUUUGUUUUUACAGUAAUCAAAUUGUAAAACAAAAGUUCAAAUAAAAAGGAAAGAAAUGUGUAAUACAUGUUAACAUUUUGUGCUGUUAGCACUAUUUGUUUAGCAUUUUGCUUGUUUAGCAUAGUUUCUGACUAAACCCCUCCCUGUCUGACUCAUUAAGAUUUAUACUAAAAUUAAAAAUUAAAAUGGAUAUCAUUUAUAGUUAAUACAUUUAACUUUAAUUUAGGUUAUGUAACCUAUAUAAUGUAGUGUAAUGUCUCACUUUUUUCUAGCUCUUUCUCUCUCUUUCACCCUCCCCUCCCCAUCUGUUUAUUUGUAUAUCUCUAUAUAUAUACCCAAAAUGUGUCCAUUAAUAUGUUGUUGUGAAAAAGAAUAUGUUAAUUGUUCUGUGAAUUCUCAUAAUAUUGACAUAUCUUUCUAAAUGAAGCCUCCGUGCUUGAUUAUGUUGCUUACUGGUACGCGUCUGGUACGCUGAUACUUGGCUGUUUGGCAUUAUUGGCAAACAGGACAUUUUCCAGCUCUUAUUACCAACAUGUUUUUACAAAAUACUGUCCCAUUAUUAUCGUUCAGUUUUUACCAGGUUAUCUUGCCAUGGUGCUAUAUGCCUUUAUUGUGCCUUUAAUCUCAUCACCAUAACAUGUAAAUAAAACCAUAUUCCUACUGCAGAAUAUUAACAUUCUCGAUAGUAGAGGACCAGUCCAGGCCUGACCUCGGACUCAGUCAGCACCACCUUUUAUAAACUUUGUGAGAAAUUUGGCCAGUUUUAUGGCUCAAAUGGUUUGGCAGUGGUAGGUAGGGCUGUUUUGCCGUGGACGGAAAAGCAGGAUGUGAAGUUAGCUGUGCAGCUACGCUCUUUAGUUUGAUGCCUGGCUUGUUGUAAAGCUGCCAACUUUCUUUUUUUUUCUUUGCCUUUUUUUUUUUUUUUAUUUUGUGAUAGGUUUCAUAUGGUAUGAAUAUCUGGUUAAGUGAGAGGCAGCUGGCAGAUUGUGCAUUGUUGUUAGUAUGAAUAUAAUUGCGUAUAUUACAAGGGCCCUGCUCUGUAAUAUCAAAAGCAAUGGCUCAUUUGAGCUUUUACUGGGAUAAUUACCAUCCGUUUGAACGUUUGCUUCUUUUGUGACCAUUUAUGCUUAGUUUUGAAUAGUGACUAUUCUGACCUCUGUUUAGGUGGAGGAGUGCUCUUUUAGAUCUUUAAAGGAGCCCUCUGCAUAGGAAAGAGCUGUGAACUUGAAUUGGAGAAAGAGCUGUCUGUGAUUGGCCUUCAUCUCUAUACAAUACUGAGUUUCAUUUUGUGUGUUUCCAUCUGUCAUUUAAUAUUUAUGUGAAUAUACAAAUAUUUUCUGUUUUAUCAGAUUUUGAAAACUAGUACAUAAACAGUAUGUAAUUUAUUUUUGUGUCAAUAUUGUCUCAAGAAACAUCAAAUGAAUUAGCUGUGUUUAAUUACAGCUCUUCUGAUUUAAAAAAAAAAGAAUAAAACAAUAGCUCCGCAUUAUGUGAUUAUACACCUUCAGUAACAUCUGUACUGUAUAUUGGAGGUGAAGACUUUUUAAUUCCCAUAUAAAGUUGUUCAGAUUCAUGAUCAUUUACAUUUUACUUUUCAUAACUUUGUGACUUUUAAUGCACAAGGGGUCUAGCUGAGAACAGGAAGCCUAUUUUUUAUCCUAAUUGGAAAUGAGGAGGAAUUAUUGAAAUAGAAUGCAUGAUGUAGGAGAGAUGGAAUGGGACUUUGAAAGCUCAUAUAAGCAAAUAAAAUAUAAUCUAACAAUCUAACAAAAUAUAGCAUAACAUAACCUCACCUGAAUUUGGACCAAUAAUCAUAUUAUUUUUCCUCAUUAUUUCUUUUUUUUUAUUGUUGUAUAUAAGGCAUUUAAUCCUCUUAAUAUCCUAUGAGUGUUAAAAGGGAUACCAUGAACCUCAUAAGUAUGCAGUGUUGCUUUUUUGUGUGUGUCACUCUGUAAUUUCUUUAUGAAUGCCUACCUAUAUGUAUCUGAAUUCAUUAGGCUAUACAUUUAGAAUUAAGGAGGAAAAAACAGCAUAUUUAAAGAAAUGAAUUUUUUUCAUGACACUAUAAAUUGCCUUGUGGUUUUAGCCCCACUCUAUUUGUAAUUUACUAGAAACAAGUUACUUGAAAAAUAUGUCUCAAAGGUUCUUGAUUUUAAAUAAAUAUCAAUACAAUACUGACAACUCUCAUGGGUAGCUCUUUAACUGGUAAAUUAAUUAAAAGUAAACAGCUGUGCUUUUGAAAAUUGUAAUUGAAAGCAUAUUGUUAAAAAAAAAAAAACCUUUCUGUUUUAAAAGACCAAUGAGACCUAAUGCUGUGUCUUGGAGUAACUGAAGGGGGAAAAAUGUGUAGUUUAUCUUCUCAAGAAAAUGUGCAAUUGGGUUGUACAUAAUCUGAUGUAUUUUAAUAAGAAUAUAUACCACAUUUCUAACACCUUUCUUCAGAUAUUAAACUGCUAUGCAGUGUGAUUCAUUUAUUCAAUUUAUAAAUGUUUUUCUUCCACUCUGUCUUCUUUUUUUUAACAAAUGGGAACUUAAAGUGUAAUUCUUCUCCUUUGUUUUAAUUCAUUCUAUACUUUUACAGGUCUCACCAUAGUUAUUGCGAUAUUGUGGUGGCUAUAGUUCCUGAUCAACUGGAAAAAAAAAAGUAUAUUUAGUUAGUUUCUCUGAUCUCUUGUUUGAUUCACUUACACCCAGGUGCAGUUGGUAAAGUGACUCUUCUUGCUUUCUGGUUAAGUAACGGAUGUGAAAAAUGCACUGACAGUGUAUGUGUUGUGGGUAGAGAUGGGAACUUACAGAUUUUAUCUUCUUUCAGAUAACUUUUUAUCAAUUUUAAAAGGUAGCAUAGUCAUAUGAAUAUUUUGUGUUGCUGUAGGCAUUUGUAUUAUUGCAUUUAUUUUUCUGUAUACUGGCUGUUAUCAAUAAAAAUAGAUAAUAUAAUAAUUUUAAA